AUGCACAUCUUUGGGAUGCAAGAUGGGGAGCAGCCAGUCAGCAAAGAAAUUGAGCGGAACCGACUUAGAAGGGUGUUAAAAAACUUGUCGCUCUUGAAGCUGUUCAAGAGCUCCAACCGGCGGAUCCAAGACCUGUAUAAGCUGGCCAAAAGGUGUUGGAAUUCACUUCUCAGAGUUCCAAAGAUGCCUGAUAUCACCUCUGGGGAAAACAAUGUCUGCAAUAAAGUGAAACAAAAUCAUGAAGAGUUCCAGGAGACUAGGUGCCCCGAGACAGAACUGAAGUCCAAGAAAUUAGAGUCCAUAGGGAAAUCUAAGGAGACAAACCCUAAGGAGCAGAAGCCUACGGUGGGGUCAAGCAUGAGGAACAAGGCGAAGGGGUCCCCUGCAGCAGUGCUAUGGACAGAACGGAUGGAGUCUGAGGUCCCAAGAACAUCAAGAGGCCUGAACACUGGAGCCCUGAGGGGGCAAUUACUCACUGAGGGCCCCCAAAUCUUCCUGAAGAAACUCCACCACAGAACCCCCAUGGGAGACAUGAAGCAGCUUGAUGUAGCUGACCAGUGUAUGUGGUUUAAGGGGCUGCCCACACGAGUCCACAUUCCAGCUCCCCGGAUGAUGUGCAGAUCCUCUGCUCUGCGCUGGGUUAAGCGCUGCUGCACCCGCUUCUGCUCUGCAUCACUUGAGCUGCCUAUGCACCAUCCAUACAAGGUGAUGUGACCCUGGAUGGGAGCCAGAGGUGCGAGCCGAGGGCAGAGGGGAUGAUCGCAAAAUCAGUUGAAUCGGAGGGAUGGGUGGGGAAAUUGACGAGUCUACAAAUAA